AGCACUUGAUAGUUGGGCAAUAUAAAUUCAAAAUUUUGAUAGAGAGAGAAAAAAGGCAACAAAAUUUUUAAAAAAUGUGCUCGCCAUGCUGCGUUAUUUGCUGUGGCGGUUGCCAAGACUGUUGCACAGAUUGUUGUGGCGGUGGAUGUUGCACCAACCUGUGCUGCGGUGGCUGCUGUCCAACAGGAGUGCGUGCAACACAGACGCUGCAAUUUCCGUCUGAGCAUCGCUGGUUCGAGCGUUGCACAAGCGCCAACUGUGUGAGCUGUCAGGAUACAACAACAACGAACGAAUGCAGCUGCAUUUGUCGACGCAAUCGUCACAUUAUCGAGGCCUUGACUUGCCUCUUCAACACAACGAUACCACACAUGGUGAGCACACUGUUUAAGCUUGUGGUCCAACAGAACGAACCACUGAAACGCUUUCCACGCGAUCGCAAAUGGGAUGUGAUGGAGCAUGUGAAGGCGCCGUAUACCGAACUCAAUGAUCUUGAGAUCUAUGACAGCAUGUACGAUCGUUGCGGCCUGCCAAUUGAACCCUUGCACUCUGACAAUAUCUAUAAAAUUGUGCGCUUAAUGUUUCUGGCCAAAGUCUUGACACUGGAGCAGCAAAAGUAUUUGCUACGCAUGCUAAAGCGUCUCAAUCAACACGCACAUUGUCCCGUCGAUUUGUAUCUGUUGCUGCAAACACUGGAGAAUGUGAAUGUCAAGGAGCUGAUGUGCAGCAUUCACAGACAGGAGGAAUUUGUGCGCAGUCUGCACACGGCACGUCAGUGCCACAAACUCUGUGAUCUCUACAAUCAGGUGGUCACCGUCGAUAAGCGGUCGGUGCAACGGCAUCGCAGGCGUUUGCGCUAUGGCAACAAGAAUCAUUUGAAGGCCACCAUGAUGGAGAAGCAGCCAAGUGAUGAGUCCGCUGCAGUGCGACAAUCACAAUUGCAGCGACAGUAUUGCGAUCGCAAGGCCGAUCUCGUUUCAACGGCUGCAUCGCCCAAUGGCACAACCACUUCAUCGGUUGGUCGCACUCGGUACGCCGGCUCACGUAAUCCCAGUCGGUCAUCCAAGUGAUUUAGACUGGAGUCCCGCACAGCAUGAAAUACUACCACAAUUUUGUUGAACGACUCUCUCUUUUAAUCAAUCAAUUUGGCAAAAAUAUAUCAUGGAAAUUUAGUUAAAA